CCUUAAAGAACAAUGUGCUUGGUUGGAAUUUGGAAACAACAAAGCACCCAACUUUGUUCAACAAUGGCAACAACAGGCUAAGCAAAUUGGAAGCCGAAUUAUUCCUUAUCUCUACAAAGCUCCAUCACAACUUGCAAAUUUUAAGAUAACAAGUUGGUUCCUUUCUUCCCUUUUCGUUUUUGUUGUUGUAACUUAGAACCCAGUCCUGAAAAUCAAUCGGUGUAUGCAAAAAACCAGUCUUUGAUACAUUUGGAAGGCCUUUUGAUGGGGUUUGCAUUGUUGGGUUCAUUGGGUUCUUGUGUUUCAUUAAAAGAUUCCCAUCAGUGGAAUGUAAAGUUUCAAUCUUUCAAUUUGAAGGAGAGGUUUGGUGUUGGCUUCAAGUUGGUUACGAAUUUCAAGGCUUGUAACCUUGUAAGAGUUUCACUUUGCAAGAAUGAAUUUGUUGACUUUGAAGAAAGAACAAGCCCCAAUGAGGUCAGAAAAGAGAUAGAACAAUGCUAUGAACUCAUACACAGACUUGGGAGGGGAGUUGUGUACUUGGGUUCUUCACGGAUGGGACCUGGCCAUCCACAUUACUCACAAACGCUUGAGCUCAGUAGAGAGAUAGCAAACCUAUUGGACUGUACCACAUGGACGGGGGCUGGUCCUGGCCUCAUGGAUGCUGCUAUAACAGGUGCUCUCCAAGCAAAAAAGCCAGUUGGUGGGUUUAAGAUAGGUAGGGAAGCUGGAGAAUGGUCUACCUCAAAUUUUCAUCCGUACCUGCCUUCAGAAACUUAUCUUGCAUGCAGGUUUUUCUCUGCUAGAAAGCAUGGAUUGGUUGAUGCUGCGGUUCGAAGUUCUAACUUUGAUAAGACAGCUGUAGUUGCUCUCCCAGGUGGUGUAGGUACUCUCGAUGAGAUGUUUGAGAUAUUGGCAUUAAUUCAGCUUGAAAGGAUUGGAUCAGAACUUCCAGUUCCCUUCAUCGUAAUGAACUAUGACUCAUUCUAUGCAAAGCUAUUAGACUUUCUUAAUGUUUGUGAGGAUUGGGGUACUGUCUCCAAGGGAGAGGUUUCAUCCUUGUGGAAGAUAUGUGACACUAAUUCAGAAGCUUUAGCUUACUUGGCGGAGUUUUAUGAUCUGCCUUUUCCUGAUGAAGGCAAGCAAGAAACCGAAUUGAGAACUGCACAUGAAAGAGUCCCUUAAAAAGUUUUGAAGCUGACAAGAGGAUGGAACAGAAGGGGUUCUGUGCUACUAUUCCAUUGUUUUCCAAAUUUGGAUCCAAUUGACUACUAACUCUGACAAAUUUCACAUGUAUAAGCAAGAAGUAAAUUCUGCAGAAAUGUAUUAACUAAACUGGCAUCAAUUGGUGACCCUCUCCAUGUUUACUUUCAGAAAUCUCUGUAUCUGCUACAAUGAAUUAUGAGAGUCAAUAAAUCCUGUUACUUGUGGAAAAUAAGUGAUUAAGCUUA